GUUACUGCUGGCCGUUGUAGACACAGCAGCAUAUCGUUCACCUAAGGAUGGAGGAAUUUGAAGACGCAGAGGCUCCUCCUGCAGAGGAUCUGGUCCAGUGCCACAUUUGUCAAAGAUCUUUUUUCCCUAAAGUCUUGGAGAAGCAUGUUAAAAUCUGUCAAAAGUCAGUAGUCAAAAGAAGGAAGACCUUUGACUCCAGUAGACAGAGAGCUGAGGGAACAGACAUCUCCGUACUGAAACCUAUCAAACCAAAGUCACACACUUCAUCCACUGAGAAAGCAGAACCCCCUAAGAAGCCAUCCAAUUGGCGCAAGAAACAUCAGGACUUCAUAGCUACCAUCCGGGCUGCAAAGAACAUCACUCAGGCUAUGAAAGAUGGGGGGCCAUUACCCCCACCUCCUCCUCCUACUUAUGACCCAGACUAUGUUCAGUGCCCUUUCUGUGAGCGGAGGUUCAAUGAGAGCGCAGCUGACAGACACAUCAAGUUCUGCCAGGAGAAAGCCGCCCGUAUGCCAAACAAGGGCAAGUUAGGAGAUGCAAAGAAGCCUCCUGCACGCACAGAGUCCAAGCCUCCUGCUUCAGUAAAGAAGAUGAACUCUCCUGCUGUGUCGACCAUCCCUUCGGCCUCCUCUCGUUUACCCCAGAGAUCAGGCCUUGGCCAGCCCUCUGGAAUCCCAUCUAGUAGGACCACUUCUGCAGGUAUAGUGAGGAAUAACCCCUCUGGUUGCGCAACCCCUCCGUCAGGUGUGGGAGGUAAGACAAGAGGAGUGGGCUCUGGCUACGGUCCUGUGAGGAACUCGCCGUCUGGGACUGCACCCAACAAGAAGAAAGUAGACACAUACAUAUCAAGGAAUGAUGUCGAUGGCAGUAUUGACAUUGCAAACGGUGGGAUGAAGAGCAAGUUCUGUCAUGCUUGUGGGACCAGAUUUCCUGUUGAGUCUGCCAAAUUCUGCUGCGAGUGUGGUGUCAAGAGGAUGUGUCUUUGAAGGAGCUUGGGAAAAAGUAAAUCAUGUGAACGCACCGGUACUCAAACUAGAAUCAGUUUCACCGAACCUAAUAUGAAUUGAAAAGUUCCUGUCGGUCUGUAUUUUCAUGCUUGACUCUAAUUUCGUAGCAGUUAAUGGAUCAUAUGAGACUGUGAAUUUUCUUUCAUAAUCGCUGGUUAGUCAUGGAAUUUGCUGGUCAACACACUUAUCCCAUAAACUUGUACUUUAGGUGUGUACUAAAAAGUAUAACUUUUACGAUGUUUAAACUGUAACCGCCCUACUCUGCACUAUAUUUUGCAUAUUGCUAAUAAGGAUUUUUGACUGUAUGCACGUGGAUUUCUGACAUGAGCUGAUCAGGGAAAAAGUAACGUACGGGUCAGGUUCAUGAUAGUAUAUGAAAUGAUUGACACAUAAAGAACAAACACAGCUCAUUAGGUUUUAAUAUGCACACUUCCAACUGUUGGAUACGCCCUCAACUAUGCU